CACUUCAUGUGAUGUUAUUUAUAGCUGCAUGCGCCGAUCCAAGAUGGAAGAAGAGGUGCGAAGUGAAACCAAAUUCAAAAAGCGUAAUAGAAACAUACGAAAGCGAGAUGUUCAAAGUGAUGAAGAAUCACCGGUGAAUGAGAUUCCAUUUUUAGAAGAUAAUUAUCAUACAGAGAUAUUGAAAAAUGCAAGAGAAAAGCUGGAAAAGAGAAAGAAAAAGAAAGAUAAACUGAAGGAUGGAGAGAAGAAGCCUUCCGUGGGAUCCGGACUGCUCAGCUUCGGCGGGGAUGAAGAUGAACAUUCUGAUGUUUUUCAAGUGAAAAAGUCCAGCCACAGCAAGAAGAUGGCAAAGAAAGCAAAAGAUCGUCAAAAAGAGCUGAAAGAAUUGGAGAAAAAAACGCCAAAGGAUGAUACUCCAAGUAACACAACACAACUAUCGUCAGGCACAGGUCAGUACACAGCUGAAAAGCUAGCAUCGCUCAAGGAAGAGAACAUCAUCUUAAGCGGUAAGGUAGCUGAAGCUAUGGCUGCAGAGGAGGAAGAUAAAGAUGAGAUUGCUGGCAAAGUCCGAAACCUAACCUCAGGCUCAAUUCCAGAUGCUAACUUGAUCCACCUGGCUAGAAAAAAGCGACAAAUGGCAAGAGAGAUGGGUCAGCAAGACUUUGUGCCACUGGAUGACACCCAGACCUACGCAUCUAAUGAUUCACGUCUCAUCAGGGAGGAUGAUAAUGAUAACAGUGACGAUGAUGAAAAUGAGCGGAUGGGUUUCUCUGUACGACAUAAAACUAAUCGAGAGAGAAUCAUAGAAUCAAUUGAUAUAAAUCAGUUUGCUGGCGAUAAUCAUGAUCGUGAUGAGAUGGAUUUGUUUGAAGUGGAACAGAUUCGGAAAGGAACUAGUACCAGUGCUCCUCAGGGCCAAGGACCUGUAGAGCAGACUUCACAAGAUGCUUACUUCUAUCCAGAAGUCCCCUACCUUUCCACAAAUCCAUACGGCGAAGAUUAUAGCGCUUUGGAAUACAGCGAUGAAGCCCCCGCUCCACCAAUGGCGCUUCUACCACUUGAUCUACCACAGGUGUCGUUAGAGACUCUGAAGAAAAAUAUCAAAGACAGGUUUGAAUCAGUUGAUGAAGUCUACCGAUCUCAUCAGAGGGAAGAAGAAAAGUUGACAGAUCAGCUAGAAUCAUCUAAGAGCAAUUCUGAUAGGCUGAAAGAGUCGACAAAAUCUGCCUCCGACCAGUACUCGUUCUUCCAAGAGAUGAGGGGGUAUGUCAGUGACUUGAUAGAAUGCCUCAAUGAAAAGGUCCCAAUUAUUAAUGGCCUAGAUUUAGCUAUGAACGUGUUGUUGAAGCAACGAGCCCAGCAAUUGGUCACAAGAAGGCAGAUCGACAUCAAGGACCAAUCAGCGGAGUUCAUCUCCAGCAAAGCUGCAUCGGCUCCAAAUCUAGGCUCUGGAGUGAAAGGAAAAAGAAAUAAAGACGAAGAAGCGAUCCAACGAAGAACAGCAGAGAGAGAAGCAAGAAGAUCGAGGCGGAGAAGAGCAAGGCAAACUAAACAAGAGGGGGUGAUGCACUAUGAUGGAAUGUCUUCAGAUGAUGAGAUGAUGGAGAGUAAUAGGAGUAAAUUCAUUGCUGAGAGAAACCGUUUCAUUGAAGAAGCUAAUGCUUUGUUUGCUGAUGUGACAGAAGAUUUUAAAUCUGUUUUAUCCAUUGAAUCGAGGUUUCAGGCCUGGAAAUUUGACCAUUCAGAAUCAUAUCUGGAUGCUUAUAUUAGUCUCUGUUUACCCAAGUUAUUCUCACCAUUUGUAAAACUGCAACUCCUUAGCUGGAAUCCUCUAGAGCCAAAUAAUAAAGACCUAGAGGAUUACAGGUGGCAUGAUGACAUGCUGUUCUAUGGUUGUAAUAAUGUGGAGAAGUGCGAUAUAGAUGAUCCUGAUCUUUCGCUUAUACCUAACAUUGUUGAAAAGUUUAUUCUACCGAAGUUAACUGGACUGGUUGAGAAUGUGUGGGACCCCAUGUCAACUUCCCAAACACAUCGCCUUGUUACGUUGGUACACAAGCUAUCGGAGGACUAUCCAACAGUAUCUACCGAAAACAAGAACACCCAAGAACUGCUUACAGCAGUUGUAGUGCGAAUGAGGAAAACACUGGAUGAUGAUGUAUAUAUGCCCCUAUUCCCCAAAAGCGUUCUUGAAAACAAGUCCUCAGGCGCAUACAACUUCCUACAAAGGCAAUUCUGGUCAUGUGUUAAGCUGCUUGGCAACAUGUUGAAUUGGCAGGGCAUUAUAGCACAGGAUACGUUAUUAGAUGUAGCUGUUGAUGGUCUGUUGAACCGUUAUCUACUACUCUCCUUACAAAACUCUGACAUCAAUGAAGACAGUGUCAACAAGUGCCUACAGAUUACAUCUACAUUCCCUAAGGAAUGGUUCAAGGAUUUGGAAGGCGACAGCACCAUUCGUCAGUUGGAGCCAUUCUGUCGUUACCUUUGUCAUGCAGUUGACACCUGUCAUAAAGGAUCCUUUGGGAGUUCCGAUCUGGAUAGAAGGAAAAACAAAAGCCACAUCAAAACCAUAACAAAGCUACUGGUGAACAUCCAUGCAAUGAAUCAUGCAUUGAAUAUUACAAGCGAGUUCAGUCUUAAAGACAUGCAAGAGAUUGUCAGUGACAGCUGAUGAGCUGCCAUUAAGGAGAAUGUGAACAUUGAAGAUCACACCUCCAAAUAUUACUGGUGAUGUCAGUCUUAAAGGACCCGAAAGACAUCUUUUUAUAAAGUUGAUGAACUUCCAACAGUGUUUGCAUCAACUUUUAAAAUUUCACUUCUAAAUUAUUUGGUGAGGUUAGCUUAAAUACUUGCAAGAGACUGUCAGUGGAAGCUGAUAUAUUGCCAACAAGGUAAAUUAAAUGGCACAACCAAAUAUUACUGGCAAGGUCAGUCUAAAAGUCUUGCAACUGAUUGUCAAUGAAAGGUGAUAAACUACCAAUGAGGUUUAGGUGCAGGUCACACUGCUGGAGGUCACUGUAAUCUGAAUGAUCUGUAGAAGAUUGUCAACUGAAGCUGAUCAAUAACAAAUAAGGUGGACAAUUCCAUGGGUUCCUAGUGCUAUCAGUCUAGUACAAGUGACUUGUAAAGGAAGCUAGUGAACCUACUGUAUGCUAGAACAAACAUGGAAUUUGUGAUUUUCUUAUGACUCUAGUAGCUGCCAAUAAUGUCAAAGAGCUCCCAUUAUAUUCACUCAGACUGAAAGCUAAUUUCUAAAGCAAUAAUUUGGUUCAGUUCGGUCGUUAAAGCUGUUGUAUGGUAGAGCAGUAACACUUUUGACUUACAGCCUAUGAUUAGUUUUAAUUUUGAUAUUUGUCACAAUUUUUUUUUGUUUUUGAGCAAGAUACUUUAUCUCCCUGAUCUCUUUUUCCUUCAGUUGUAUAAAUGGGUACUUAAUAGAACAUUGAUCCAAUGAUAUGUAUACAGGGGUGGCACCAGUGGGGCGCUGGAAGGGCCCUUCCGUUGGGGAGAGCUACCCACCCCCAUUCGUGUAGAAAAACCACAACUCAUGGGGAAUAAAAAAAAAAUUAGAUGCAUUUUCUACAAAUUAGUAGACUCCAAAAUCGAUUUAAAGACUUUGAAACCCCUAAAUUUUCAAAUUUUCUGUGGCUUCACCACUGGACCACUUUUGAAAUAUUUUGAGUGAUGCCUGACAACAGACACUUUGCUCUCGUCGGGGACAUCGAACCUCCCAAUCGGGCAAAACCUGGCAAAACCUCUGUAUGUACACUAUAGUGUACAUACUGUAUGUAUACUGGAAGUUUUAUAAAAUCCGAUACUAUCUUCACCAAUGAAUGUGACUUCUAUCAGGAUGCUGUCUAUUCUAUUCCUAUAUGUAGACUCAAACAAAUGUCCAUACAGUUUGAAGCAAAUUCAUAAUUAUCUUCAACAAAAUAUGUAAACAGCUCUGAAAAUUAAUUUAGAAAAUGUACUAAAAAUACAUACUGUAACAUAACCUUUACGAUAACCACACAUUUUUAAUUUACCAUAAAUAGUGUAGCUAUUUACUCUACUGCUGAGGUUCUCUAUCCCUAGACAAUUUUUCAAAAUAAUUUGGACAGCAAGACAAAAGAAGAAAUUACUUAUAUAAAUGGUCUGUCUAAAUUUCCAAAUGUUUGAUGUAUAUAUUAUUAAAGACAACCUCCUGUUUUUCAAUUGUAAUUUGCUAUUUUAAGCCUUGUCAUAUACGCGAGUAUAUACGGUAUGUAAUAGGUCUGAUUAUUCCCUUUGUCCUACACGCGUGUGUGUGUGUCAACUUAUCGGUUUAUCUAGAAAGUUUCUCAUUCAUACAUGAAAUAGAGUAUUUUAGAAGCAAUACUUAUUUUCAUAUACUGUACUAAUGAAUUCUGAAGUAAUUCUUUUUCAUAUUUGAGAGAUUAUUCAAUUGUAAGUAUAACAUGUGCAUACAGGUACUAUAUGUGAACAACUGAAAGUUUUAUAAAAAUCCGAUACUAUCUUCACCAAUGAAUGUGGGUCCUAUCAGGAUGCUGCCUAUUCUGUUUCUAUAUGUAGACUCAAACAAAUUUCCAUAAAAUUUGAGGUGAAUUCACAAUUAUCUUUGACAAAAUAUGUAUACAGUUGUGAAAAUGAUAUAGAAACUGUAUUAAAAUACUGUUACAUAACCUCAACGAUAAUUACACAUUUUUAACAUUCAACAAAUUCUGAAGCUAUUCACUCUACUGCCCAUGUUCUCAAUACCUCGGCAAGUCUUCAAAAAGACAUAAGAAAAAUUACUAAUAGAAAUGUUCUGUCUAAAUUUCCAAAUGAAUGACAUAUAUAUUACAGAUAAUGCUCACAAUUAAAAAAAAAAAUAGAUAUUUCCCCCAUGUAAUGUUUUUCAAAGGUGAAUCUAAACAUUUUUUGCCGAAUGCAUUGUUUUUCAUCACGUACAAAACAUUGAACUUCGGGUAAUUGUAUCAUUUGAAUACUUCUGAAAUCUGUGUAUUGUAAAACAAAAACCAGUACAGUAUUUGUUGUGAUUUCUAGAUCAAUCCUCUAUAAUUUAUAAGGUUGCUAGUUAUAUCAUAUGCCUCUUGUCGGAUGGUUAUGAAUUGUAUAUAUUAUAACAUUUAUGACGAGAUAUGCAGAUAUACAAUAAAGUACCAACUAAAAUAUAAA